CAAAUACACGUGUUUGUACAGAGAAACGGACAGUAUCCACACAUCCAAACAGUAUCUUUGAUAGCGUUAGUCAUACUAUUAGUCAUUAUAGGACUUUAUUAAGACUUGAAAAAUGAUUUCUUCCUUCAGCACUUUAUUACAAUGACAGUAGGUGUAGCCUGUUGGAAUGAACAGAGCAACAAGUCACAGGAGAGGAGCUACUUGUUGACAUAAACGAUCUGGUAUCGAAUUUAUUUAUCGAGUGAUUACAAUGAAGCCUCAGGAAAUAAUCAAGGACAAGGGCAGCCUGUGGAUAUUUGGAUAUGGCUCUUUGGUGUGGAAACCCGAUUUUAGUUACAAGAGGAGCAAAAUCGGCCACAUAACGGGAUACAAAAGACGCUUCUGGCAUGGAGAUGAUUUUUAUCGAGGGGACAAGGAAAAGCCAGGCAGAGUGGUCACACUAGUGGAGGAUCAGGAGGCAUGCACAUGGGGAGUGGCCUAUGAGGUGACCGACUCCCAGAUUGAAGAGUCCCUCCAGUACCUGCACAUGAGAGAGGUUGUGUUGGGGGGUUACGUAACAGAGAUGGUGGAGUUCUUCCCCCAGGAGAAAGGUCAGGCUCCUCUGUCAGCCCUUGUAUACAUUGCCACUUCUGACAACCCCAUCUACCUCGGCCCAGCCUCAGACAAGGAGAUUGCCGCCCAGAUUGCCGCCUGCCGGGGCAGCACAGGACAUAAUAUUGAAUACCUGGUGCGCCUUGCGGAGUUCAUGAGGCUCUACUGUCCUGAGGCAGAGGAUGAGCACCUCUUCUCUAUUGAGGCGGCUGUUCUGGACACUUUCCAUGACUCUGGAGAGAUCAAAACCACAAACUAAAAAUCCCUACUGCUGGGAGCUUCAUGAAAGUCUACAUAAUGCAGUCCACAUCCUGAAAUUUAUGUUAUUAUGCUGGGUGAAAGGGAAGUGUUUAAGGGUAUUUGGUGCUAGAUGAAAUACCUGAUUUGAGUUUAAGGAAACUGUCACUGGUGGCAUUUUUGGUGGCUAACUAUUUUUAGGUUGUAACAUAACCUCACAGACGGAGAAUGUAAAAUAUGUAGGUUAAACAUGCUUUACACUGUAUGUGUACAAAUUCCACAAGCAUGUAAUGCCUUGAGAAUUAACUUUAAGAGAUGACUUUUCUUUGGAAAUACAUAAUGUCUUACACCUUUGUUGUAAAGGGUCUCAUAAGCUGUUGUAUACUGUGUUCAUUUUAAAAUGUAUUUUAAUAAAAAAAAAAAAAAAGCUGAAAAUCUGUAUGAAGUAA